UCUUUUUACUGUUUCCUUCAUCCCUUUGGAAUCACAGAAUAAUUCCUCAGCAUAUUUCUUUUUUCCUUCUCUCUCCUCCUUCUAUUACUCUUGAUUUCCCUUCUUUCUUCAGGUUUCUCUAUUUGUAUGGUUCUGCGUUUUAGCACACACCACUAUAUUCUCUUCUAUACCUUGUGGAUCUGUCACUAUGACUUCCUCACUCGAGAAGAUCAUGCAAGGCGAACAGGUCCUCACCAACGAUUUUCAGGACCUUACAAUCAAAGAUCUGAGUGAGAAAGACAGCGAGACAGUGAUUCACGAGGUAGGUAAUGGAAGCCAUGGGGGAAUCUGUGCUAUUUGUCUGGAUGAGAUAGUGCUGCAGGAAACUGCUCUUGUAAAAGGUUGCGAGCACGCAUACUGUGUAACAUGCAUUCUUCGAUGGGCUACGUACCGUGAGAAAGUUACUUGUCCUCAGUGUAAACAUCCAUUCGAGUUUCUCAAUAUUCAUCGCACGCUUGAUGGCAGCAUUCAAGAUUACAUGUUUGAGGAGAGUGUUUGUCUGCUACUCCGUGCCUCAUGGUUCAAACCUUUAUCUGUUGACGAACACGUGGUUCACGAAGAUGCAUACGAGGAACUAGGAGAUUAUUAUCAGUACGAGUAUGAGGACGAGGACCUGGACGAUGAUAUGGAUGGAGCUUAUUAUGGUGGUUCGUCAAGUUUUCGUAUCGGCAACCGCAGAUGGGGAGAUAACGGCUACGUCAGGGCUGGUCGACAAGAAGCUCGGCCAGUUAACCGAGCGAACAUCCAGGAUUCAGGAGCAAGUUCAUCGCGAGAGCCGAAAAAGAAAGAGGUUGGGAAAAGUAGCACAGGCAGAAGGGCAAAGAGAGCACAGAAAAGGGAAGCUGCUGAUAAGGCUGCUGAAGCAAAACAUCAGCAGCAUUUGGUAAGGCUGGGUAGGAAGUGAUUUUAUUUGUUAUGUGAGGUUUACUUUGAACUCUCCUUCCCAGAAGCUAUAUAUUUUGUCAUUAAUUUAUUUUCCUUGUACAUUCUGUGUUGUGUACCAUGAACCAUGUAAUAGAUCUUGGGAAGGUGUUUAGAAUAAUGGUUUGGUGGGGUGGUCGGAUCAUCAGUUCCAUGCUCACUAAAGCACUGAUCAAUUUAGGUUGUAGUUCUUUGUUUUACUUUCAAUCCAUGUCUAAACUGUACAUAAA